CGAAGAAGUCUUGGGUACUUUCGGAACCUGGCUGUUUGGUCUCUCCGAUUCUACCAAGGCGAAGCUCCUAGAACUAUACCCGCUCGAGGAUUUCGAGCACAUGGUACGGCCGGAUUACGACGGGCCUCUCUCUGCACAAUACUACCGCUGCGCAGAUCAACAGAGACAUUUGGUUCACGUGCCCGGUGCUCGACUUUGCAUGGCAGUACGUUAAGAAUGGCGGGGCGGAGCCAUCACAGAUGCGAUUGUAUGAGCAUAAUGCAAUGCCAGUCUUCCAGAAGAUGGGCGUGCCAAUGUGGCGUGUUGCGCAUCUGA